UUUCAAAUAAAAUUCAAAAAUAAAGGAGAAGAAAUUCCUUCCCCCCUUCAAUCCUUUAAUUUCACGCCUUCAUGAUUGGACAGUCCGAUCACUAAACCCAAUUUUGGUCAGACGUCUACUAAUUUCUUUUUUCAAAAAUAGGUGAUCAAGAAAGAAAACAUGAAAGUGGGCCCCGUUAAUAGGGCGAAGAGGUUAAUAUAAAAAGAGGAAAAAGAGGGAAGGAGAAGAGAGAAAGAAAAGGUUUGGUUUCUCUCCAGAAUAAUGGCGGAAUUGUCAGCUUGUCCUAUUUGUAAUCUCACGGUUCUCUCCCAUGAACUCGAAAGGCACGCAAACAGUCACUUCGACGAUGAAGACAUUGAUAUAGACUUCCAAUUGGCUCAACAAAUUUCCCUUGUUCCUUCAACUCCACCUUUUAUCAUCCCGGUUGAUGAUGUCAUGCAAUGUGAAACUAGUUCUCGAAAGAAUCAGGAGAGUAGUUCUUCAAAGUUUGAGGCCAAAAAUUGCUCUCCUGGAGUGAACGGUGUUACUGAAAAACCAGGGAUUUUAUCUAGUGUUAAGAUCAAUGAAACACACCCUCAGAUUGGACAAGGCUUGAUGGAUUUGUUGAGGAACUGUUUAGAGUUGGAAACUGAAAAAACCACCACUAUUUUGUGUGAUUUUGUUGAUCAUUUCCAAAGCAUCCCUUCAGAGGAUUUUGGGUGGGGUUGUGGCUGGCGUAAUAUCCAGAUGCUUAGUUCUCACUUGCUUAAGCAACGGCAAGAAGCAAGGGCGGUCUUGUAUGCAGGUUCUGGGUUUGUACCUGACAUCCUUUCACUCCAAAGAUGGCUUGAAAUUGCUUGGGAAAGAGGCUUUGAUAAACAGGGCUCAGAAGACUUUGAUAAAGCAAUUUAUGGCAAAAGAAAUUGGAUUGGAACAACAGAAUGUGCUACACUCUUCCGUUCAUUUGGCCUUCGUGCCAGGAUAGUGGACUUUGUAAGCCGUGAGAUAGGCAUCAGAGCAAGUGGAGUUGGGAAAUGUGUGGGCAAGAUGGCACCACAGGUUUAUGGACCAAUGGAUAAAUAUCUGUCCAAAAAGAAAAAUGAUGUAUCCGAGGCUGUUUCGACAUCGUAUGAUGUAAAGGUUAAGCCUAAGGUCCAGCAGGCACUCAUUGAUUGGGUGUGGAAUUACUUCUCUGACAAUAAAUUCACUAAAUCCGGCAAUCAUGGUAUCCGAGUCAGUCAAAAAGCGCCAUUGUACUUCCAGCAUGAUGGCCAUUCAAGAACCAUUGUUGGGAUUCAAAUUAAAUGUCAGAGCAAUGGAGCGAUGCAAUACACUCUUUUGAUCUUGGAUCCAAGUCAUGUUCGGAUUCGAGGUCGAAUUCUCUUCAAGAAGGGGAGGAUGAUACAAGCACGAUCGUGAUUGUAGACCAAAACGUUGAGACUCGAGCUCGUGGGCUGCCCGACCAACAGAACAAGCUUUGAAGUGUAGAGGACAAGUCCCCAACACUCCAAAGCCGCCCCAAAUGCACACUCCAAAACCACCCCUUAGCCAUGGCGGCUCAUUAAGGGCAUUCUAAUCAUUUUGUAUUAAGUUGUAACGUAGGCUAUAAAUAGAACAUGUUAGGUCAUUUUCUCAUAACUUGGAUGAUAUUUUGAGAGCUCUAGAGAGAGAGUUUUGCAAGGUGGAUUUCUUGUAAACAAGUGUGGAUAUCACUUGUAUUGGUUCUAGUUUUGAAACGUUGGUUGCUUGGGAAUCCCGUUCCCUUGAGGUCACCGUAGAGCUUGGUGUUACUUGUAUGAAUUCUUGGGUCUGUGUUUAAUAUACACUUAAGUUCAUAGGGUUUGUACAUUUGUAUGUCAAGUUACCUAUCUAUCUAUUUCAUUGUUGUUGUUGUUCA